AUGUUAAAAUCGACUAUACACCAUGUAACAAGUGUUACAUAACCACAAUCAACGUCACCACGAAAAAAAGUAACAACUACAGUAUCAUCACAGCCAACACUUGAGAAGUUAUCUAAACAUAAGUACCAAAACAUGGAAUAUAAAAAACUUCUUAUUAAUAAAAACAAAGAAGAAGAUAUAGAGUUGGCUGAAAAACGAGCGACUGCAUAUGAUGCAUCACCAGAACACAAAGUAUUAAGUGAUAUUGUUUUUGGAGGUACUGCCGAAACAACGGUUAAUACAACUACAGCUACAACUGAUGCAUCGACAACAGGAACAACAAUUCUCACAACGUCGACAACAACAAUAAAAAUGCGUACAACGUCGUCAACAGAAAUAGCAAUGCUUACAACGUCGAUAACAAAAACAACAAUGUUUACGACAUUGACAACAGAAACAACGCCGACAACAAAAACCGCAAUAACUACAAUAUCGAUAGCAGAAACAACAAUGCUUAUAACGUCGACAAAUUUCCAUACAACAACAAAGAAUGUAUCAAAAUUCAACAAAUGGAAACAAAAUGCCAUCACUGUAGCUGGUGGAUAUGGAAAAGGACAAGAACUAAAUCAACUCAACCACCCAUUUGGCAUCUUUAUCGAUAAAAAGAAAAAUAUUUUCAUUGCUGAUUUUAGUAAUCAUCGUAUUGUUGAAUGGAAAUAUAAUGCAAAAGAAGGACAAAUCCUUGCAGGUGGAAAUCAACAAGGAAAUCGAAUGGAUCAAUUGGAUCUACCAAUAGAUGUGAUAGUUGAUCAACAAAAUCAUUCGAUCAUCAUUGCUGAUUUUGUGAAUAGACGAGUGAUUCGAUGGAUGAAUCAAAAUCAACACAUUCUCAUUAAGGAUAUUGACUGUUAUGGAUUAGCAAUUGAUAAGCAUGGAUUUCUUUAUGUCUCUGUUUCGUGGAGGAAUGAAGUGAGACGAUGGAAAAUGGGAGAAUAUAGCAAUGAAGGAAUUGUAGUGGCCGGUGGAAAUGGAGAAGGAGAUCAACUCAAUCAAUUUAAUUAUCCUAGUUUCAUUUUUGUUGAUGAAGAACAAUCUAUUUAUGUAUCAGAUCAUACAAAUCAUCGUGUGAUGAAAUGGAGAAAAGGUGCAAAAAAAGGGCAAAUUGUGGCUGGAGGAAAUGGUCAAGGAGAGAAUCUUAAUCAAUUGUCUUGUCCUCAAGGAGUAAUUGUUGAUCAUUUUGGUCAGAUAUAUGUGGCAGAUAAUGGGAAUAAUCGAGUAAUGCGUUGGUGUAAAGGAAAAGAAGACGGUGAAAUUGUUGUCGGUGGAAAUGGUCAAGGAAAUCAAACAAAUCAGUUGCAUUAUCUCGGCGAUUUAUCUUUUGAUGAUGAAGGAAAUCUUUAUGUUGCUGAUCAUUAUAAUCAUCGAAUUGCAAAAUUUGAAAUAAUUUUGUGA